GAGCCGGCGGCGCUGGGGGCAGAUGGCGGAGGGCGGCCUCCCCGGCGGCGGGGACCCGCCCGCUGCCUCAGGCAGCGCAGGUCGUAACCUGAAGGAGUGGCUGCGGGAGCAGUUCUGCGACCACCCCAUCGAGCACUGCGAGGACACGCGGCUGCACGACGCGGCCUACGUGGGGGACCUGCCCACCCUCAAGAGCUUGCUGCAGGAGGAGAGCUUCCAAAGACGGAUCAACGAGAAGUCGGUGUGGUGCUGUGGCUGGCUGCCCUGCACGCCACUGCGCAUCGCUGCCACUGCCGGCCAUGGGCCCUGUGUGGACUUCCUCCUCCGCAAAGGGGCUGAGAUCGACCUGGUGGAUGUGAAGGGGCAGACAGCCCUCUACGUAGCUGUGGUCAAUGGGCACCUCGAGUGUGCUAAGAUCCUCCUGGAAGCUGGGGCUGACCCCAACGGCAGCAGACACCACCGCAGCACUCCUGUCUACCAUGCGGCACGUGUGGGCCGGGCAGACAUCCUUCAGGAGCUGAUCAGGUAUGGUGCAGAUGUGGAUGUGAAUCACCACCUCCCUUCCCACGGUCCCAGCCCUUCCCUGCGGCCCCUCACCACGCUGGUGGUCUGCCCACUCUACAUCAGUGCUGCCUAUCACAACCUCCAGUGCUUCCGGCUGCUGCUCCAGGCUGGAGCCAACCCGGAUUUUAACUGCUGUGGGCCUAUCAACAUCCAAGGCUGCUCCCGGGGCUCCCCAGUGUGUGUGAUGGACGCUGUCCUGCGGCAUGGCUGUGAAGCAGCAUUCGUCCACCUUUUGAUUGACUUUGGAGCCAAUCUGAACCUGGUGAAAGUGGAGGCCUUGGGAGUCGAAUCCACAGGAAGGGUGAAAGUCAACCCUGAGGCUCUGCAGGUGUUCAAAGAAGCAAGGGAUUGCUUGGACUUUUGCUGGGAAGGCACAUGGUUUCCAUUAAGCCUAAGUUUAGGAGGCAAAUGGGACUCCUCAGGUAGAGCAUGCAGGAUAAUGGAGUGGUGCCUUGGAGGUCCCGAAUCAACAUGGACACCACCAUGUGGAUGUCUCUGUGCUGGAAGAGCUCUCCGUGAACUGAAAAGAAGCCAUCAAAAGAAUGUUGGUGGAAGGCCUCAGCUGGCCAUCAAUGCUGUUGUUUCCCAAGGGGGUGAUUUAGAGCAGAAAUAAAGUCCAUGUCAUCUUAAAACAAUCUGAAUAGCAUAAAGCCUCCCACAGCCUCCCCUGGUGUGGAUUUGGCAGUGAUCUCUUGAACCCUCUCAUGCAGGGACUGGCUUCAUGGUCACAAUCCCAUGCAGCCUUCAGCAUGCCCUUCCACACUGCGUGUGUGGUGGCUCAUUGCGCCAUGGCUUUGGCCUCCUCAUG